UUUCAUAUCCGCAAGAUCUCGUUGACCAUCUACGGUGAAGCCCAAUUCCAUCUCUUUAUCUCUUUGUUUCCCCCAUGCAGUCUCUGCAGAUUAAUCCUGCAGUGCCUUCUAGAUUCAGAUGCCAAGCAUCGCCAUUGAACCCAUUAACAAAACCCUGCAGUACUACAGCUUCAACUCAACUGCUAAAACCAAAUAAUACUUGCAACGAUUCGACGGCGCUACAUUUAUCCAACCUUGAAAAUCUCCUUCAAAAAAUAAUCCCAGAAUCAAUCGAACUUGACACACGACAUAAAAAUUCCAACAAUGGCUCUUUGGAAAAUAAGGGGAAAAAUCUUUUGGAAAGUCUCAACCUGGCUAGACUUUGGCCUGAAACGAAAGCGGCUGAAGAAAUGUCACCGCGACACCUAUACAACCUCCAACGCUUGCUAUCAAAAACAGCUGAAUAUUCUCCAAGGAACAAUCUUGGUUCACGGUGGUGGGAAUAUCACGGGAGUAAAGAUUGGGCCGGUUUACUUGACCCACUCGAUGAGAACUUAAGGCGAGAGGUGGUGAGAUAUGGAGAAUUUGUGCAAGCAGCUUAUCAUUGUUUCCAUUCGAAUCCCGCCACGUCUCCGGAAGAAGCUCGAGCGCCCAGAUACGUGGCCUCGCCCGAUAGGUCUUAUAAGGUGACCAAAAGUCUCUACGCAACAUCAUCGGUCGGAUUACCCAAGUGGGUCGAUGAUGUUGCACCGGAUCUUGGUUGGAUGACCCAACGGUCAAGUUGGAUAGGAUAUGUGGCGGUUUGUGACGAUAAGGGAGAAAGCCAACGGAUGGGACGGAGAGACAUAGUAAUCGCCUUACGUGGGACUUCCACGUGUCUUGAAUGGGCUGAGAAUGUUAGAGCUCAACUUGUACAGAUGCCGGGAUCCGAUGACUCGGUCCAUGGAGAUUCGAAAGUUGAAUGCGGAUUCUUGAGUUUGUACAAGACACGUGGAACUCACGUGCCUAGCCUGGCCGACUCUGUGGUCGAAGAAGUGAAAAGACUGAUGGAACUAUACAAAGGUGAAACCCUUAGCAUUACAGUGACAGGCCACAGCCUGGGUGCAGCCUUGGCGUUAUUAGUCGCCGACGAGCUGAGCACAUGCGCAGCCAACGUUCCACCGGUUGCAGUAUUCUCUUUCGGCGGGCCUCGGGUUGGGAAUCGGGGCUUCGCUAAUAGGAUUGAUGAAAAUAAUGUUAAGGUGUUAAGAAUUGUGAACAACCAAGAUGUGAUAACUAGAGUUCCAGGCAUAUUCAUUGGUGAGGGGACAAACAAAAAGGAGACAAAUACAACUGUUACGAAGGUGCUGAAAGUGCUAGACAACAACAACCCGUUAGCAUAUUCACACGUUGGAACAGAGUUACGAGUGGAUACAAAAAUGUCUCCAUAUCUAAAGCCCAAUGCGGAUGUUGCAUGUUGCCACGACCUGGAGGCUUAUCUACACUUGGUGGAUGGGUUCUUGGCAUCAAACUGUCCAUUCAGAGCAAACGCUAAGAGAAGUCUAGUGAAGUUGAUGAACGAACAGGGACCUAAUGUUAAAAAAUUGUAUACAAAUAAGUUGAAUAAUUUAAAUCCUGAAAGGGUAGCCAUACCCUCCUCUGGUUGUCUGCCGAGUCCAUCUUAACUUAAAUAACUGUAAACAAUGAGAGAGGGCAUAUUUAUGCUUAGGAUAUAUACAAAAUAUUCAUAUUAUCAUUUUAUACGGAUGUUAAUUUGUUGAAUUUGGAUAA